AUGGAUCCCUCCCUCAAGUUUGCCUGCGACGAGAUCCUCAGGAGGCUGGAUGAGUUGGACGCUCUGAUGGAGCAGCGCUUCUCGCGGACCAUGGCCACGCUGGAGCAGCGAAGCGCCACCGUCGAGCUUCGCGUCGGCGGCCUCGGGCAAGCGGCCGCGACGCAGCUCGUCGAGGCCGACAACUGGGGCAGCCUCUUCGACGAGAUCCCCGCUCCCGACACCACCUACUCUGGCUCCGACGCCCUUCCCUUCUUCACGCCUGCGCCCGAGGCUGCCUCCGAGUUGCCCCGCCCCGCGUCCGAGCAGUUCGUCUCCAUCGCGCUCGAGGCGGCCUGCGUUUUCCCCGCAGUCGACGCCCUCCAGGAGCUCGAGUCGCUGGGGAUUAACGGGUCGCAUAUCCACUCCGUCGACAAGUUCCUCGUGAGGCCGUCCUCCACAAAAUCGCCUCCGACGACCCCCCGACGCGCUCCGCCUCUACCACAGGAUUUGGUCGUCGGGAGCAGUCGACCAGCGCAUCCACCAACGUCCUGGCGGCGCUUCCCCGUCGUCCGUCUUCGCCGCCUACCUCAUCGCCAAGCUAUCCUCGCCCGCUGCGCUGGAUCCGACCGCGCCCCUACCUUCUGGCGCUGCGGUCGAAGUCCGCGUCGUCGUAGACGGCCUCCACGUCUCCUGGUUCGAGACCGUCGUCCGUGCCUUCGAGCCCGCGCGUGGGCGCCGCAACCUCGCGAGGUGCCCCGGCAAGUCUGCAUCUCCUCCUGCUCCGCCUCCGCCGUGGUCAACUCGGCCCCUACCGAUGCCAUGGAGCGGGCGCUGUCGAUUGUGCCGUUCCCCAGCUCGUGUCCGUAUGAGGCGUCCGAGGUCGAGAGCUCCGAUCUGCUUCCCAGGCCUCCGCGCCCGUCCUGGGCCGACCUCGGCGCCAUCCUGCACGUCUACAUCGCCGCCGCUGUCCCCUCCACCGAGCUCUGCGACGACAGAGCCUUCCCAUCCAUGGUCGUCAAGGACGCAGUGCACGUCCUGCCGCUGGAGGUGGUCGACGUCGCCCUCUUCUCCGCGCCGCCCUCAUCCUCGUACCUAACGCCCGACGACUCCAGGAUUUCGGGCCACGUUUUGGGGCGGCUCGAUGCCAACAUCUCCGCCCAUGCCACGUCACGCUCGGACAUCUACUCCCCGCGCUCCAUGGGGUUCUCCAGCACCACACCGCGGCCCAGCAACCUGACCAACGCCGAGAUCGACUCGUUGGAGCCCCAGGGCAUGGGAUUCCGCGAGUACUGCUACUCCAUGGUCAGCCACAGCUGCAACUUCGCCGGGGACGCGUUCGGGCUGCGCACCGGUGCCACGCCCGCGGCCGUUCCUUCCCCUGCAUCCGCGACGGCGUUACAGCGCGCGCAUGCCCCGGCCUCGCGGGUCCCCGUGGUCGCUGAAGGACUGGGCGACCUCAGGGCGCUCAUCCUCGCCGGCGUCGUCUUCGCCACCAGGGGAGAGGCGAGUUUCCACGUCUUCUGCAUCGACGUCUCGGACCCCGUCCCCGGGAACGCGCCCGCGCACCUCAUCUGCCUCCACGGUGCUUGCUACGUCGCCAACUACGCCCUCGAGUACAAGGGGAUUCACCACCGCUACCACGACGCAGUCACGUUUGCCAUCGGAAUUGGCAUCUGCGCCUUCGAGUCCUCGUCCAGGGCGUGGGCGUGGACCCUGGGCACCGAUGUCGCCGACGUCGAGGCUAUCGAGCUCGGCUCCGAGGUCGGCGCCCUCGGCUGCGCGUUCUGGCGCACCACCAUGGUGCCGUUCCUCUGCUACGAGCCAGCCUCAUGCUGUGUCGACCUCAUCCCCGCGCCCGUUGAGAUGAUGCGGUGGGCCUACUGGGAGCUCGGCGAGAUGGAGGGCAUGCUCUGCUUCUCGUGCAUGGGCGCCCGCGUCGACAUCUUCAUCGCCUUCGGCGUCGAUCCACGCAACGCCGACGAGCCCGUGCGCACUGACGCCAUCUACGCCAUCGAGUCCUUCCACAUCGGCCCCGUCGAGUGCGCGCUCCGCGCCGAUGCUGUAGGCGCCACAGGUGGUGGGCAGUUGGCAUGGGUGGUGGCUGCGGGAUCAGCGCCGACCAACUGCUCGACGCUUUGCCUGGCCGGCAGCCACUACUUCGGCAACGUCCCUGGCGGUGCGUUCUGGGAGGAGGAGGUGCUCCACAGGGGCGACGACAACUACAACGGCGGCGAGAAUGGGCGGUCCUUCUGCCACGAGCCCUAG